GCGGGCUGCGGCCAGGCGGGCGGAGGAUGCUGAGCCGCCUGCAGGAGCUGCGCAAGGAGGAAGAGACGCUGCUGCGGGUGAAGGCGGCACUGCACGACCAGCUCACCCGCCUCAAGGUGGAAGAGCUGGCGCUGCAGUCUCUGAUCAGGGCCAAAGAGGAGAACACAGCUGACCCUUCAGCAGUAGUGACAGAGGACCCUCACCAAGCUCUUGGGCAGAUGGACAACGAGGCUGCUAUCAAUCAAACUGAACUACACCUCGGUCUUCAACCUCAUGAAGAGGAGGAGGAAGAGGAGGAGGAAUCUGAUUCUUGAGAAAAAAAGAUCAGAGGUGGCUUCUAAUACAGGCUCAAGAAUCUCUUCAUUCAUAUAGAAUUCAGUGACUGAUUUUCAUUGUCUCCUAUGUAUGAACUAUACGAUAUGCAAGGCUCUUGGAGCCUACACUUGAGCACAUGUCACAAGCUUGGUACAUGUUGACUUAGAUGUUCAUAGAAUGAAGAGUUGCUGCAUGAACAUGUAGCAUAAUCCAUUCCACUUUUGAAACUUUAUGUAGCUUAUAUGUGGAUGGGAUAAGUCAUGCAUCAGCUCAGACUAAUUUAUCAUGUACAUUACCAGCAAUAAGUCACCUGUUCUUACUUCCUGAUGCUGAAAAUUAAAACCAGGCCAUGAAGGCUGGUUGCUGAACCAAUGAUUCUAUUACAACCUCAUUUGCUUAAUCUGGGAAUUGGAAGAUCUGCAGUGAGGAAAGAUGGGUCCAGGAUUGUAUUCCGUUCUGUUACACAAAAAAAUGUACUUGAGCUCCCUGUAAAUGUGACAAGAUGUUGGUGCUCUUAUACUGGGGUCAGCAGGUGCUGUACCAUCAGCCUAAAUCUGAGUGUGAUAAUAAAGUGGCCUCUGUACCCACUGGUGCUCUUCUCAAGUACUGUCAGUCUGCAACAGUGAAGUGUUUUCUACUUCUUGUUC